AGCGUUACGGCGUUCUACUAGUAUGUUUCACGCGUUUGACGAGAAACGUUUUGUGUUUUCAUUAUUUUUCAUUUUCUUUUUAUUAUAUUCUUUUUUCUCGAUCUGAAUUUUUAUUUAAUCCACUCGAGUGAGCAUCGAAAUCGAAAAGUUUUCUAAAAUCGUACAUCCAGUCAAGUGUAUUGAUCAAGAUAAUCUCAACUUUUAAAAAAAAUAUUAGGGGGAAAAAGCGUUACAUACAUAAUCGAAAAUUGUGAAAAAGGAAUAAGAAGAAUACAUAAUGCCUAUUGAAUUGGAAUCAGUGACACCGAUUACACACAAAUCUUGUUCACCUUGCAACGGGGAAAAAAAAAUGAACAAGUUAUGCAAGCAGGUAUCCAUCGAUAGCCCCAACGUAACAGGUCGUGAAUGGGUGUUCAGUUUCGACGUUCCUGUUCCCGAUGUUCCGGCACAUGGAGCCCGGAUACGGGUGAUGUGUGCAGGUGCUUGUUAUCAUCCUCGUCGUUCGCCCAGUCUGUCUAGCCUUACCUCCGUCUCUAGUGCGAGCAGUUUGGCCACGGAUGUCUCGAUGGAGGGUGAUUUUCCGAUAUCCAUGCCACACCAUGGAGUUCGUGACGCAGCUCUGUUUCCCGGAUACGAAGUUGCAGGAGUGAUCGAGUCCCUUGGGGCGAACGUGCCCGAGGAUUGCGGAUACACGGUUGGAGAUCGAGUGAUCCUUUACCCGUAUGAGGGCAUACCAAACGGAUACGUUGAAUAUCUGGUCGUAUACGAUCUCAAAUAUCUUAUAAAAAUCCCUGAUAACGUGAGCCUGAGCGUCGCUGCGAUGCUUCCUGCUGGUGCUCUCCUAGCUAUGAACACUGUUUUCGCCACUCACGAACACAUUCAAACAUUGCUGAAACAAAGGGGUGUGAACAGCGUUUGCAAGAUUCUGAUCGUUGGUACCGGUGGUCUGGCUCUUUGGGCACUCAGAAUUGCUGCUUAUCAUUUCAGCAAUAUGAAGGAUAGGGUUACCAUUACUAUCGCUUCAUUGAAAGACGACGGAUUAACCAUGGCUCAAGAAUUUCAACGAGUGAACGUGGUACAAUGGAGCGAAGAUUUAUACGAGAAACAGCUGAUCGAACGCACGAUGGAUGCUUGUCAAGGCCAUGUGGACGUCGUAAUCGAUUUCGGCACAACAUCACGCAGCCUUCACCGCAGUAUGCAAUGUUUGAGUAAAGGAGGCGUGGUAUUCGUAAUCAAGGAAGUGGCCGAUCGACUUCUGCCUAAAUUCAGCAGACGGGCCGAAGAAUGGCAACAAAAUAUCAGACCUGUAGAACCCGGUACUCUGGAGCAACUUCGCCAAUUGGUCGAAUUGGUGGCUUCCGGUGAAAUCGAACCGCCACCUCAUACCGUAUAUCCGGCCGAGGAAGUACUCGACGUAGUCCGCAAGUUGUGUCAUUCUGAGAUUCAAGGACGCGCAAUUUUACGCUUCUAUCCAGCAGAUUAAAAAAUCUCUUGGGCAGAAAUAAUCACGUGCCGUGCGGAUCGGCACGUAAUGUGAAUUUCAAGAGCGAUUGAGAUGAUUGGAAGAACAAGAUGGAUCACCGAUGGUUAAUUAAAUAUUGCAGCCAAUGGGGCUGAACGGAUAUUUGGAACUGACACUGAUGUUUCACAGAAUCAUCGAGAUCAAAUGGAUCAUUUCAUGAAGUUUUUUCUUUGUAUAAGAUACAAAGAGCUACAAGAAGAAUAUGGAAGUAUAGCUCUUUUGAAGUAUGGAAAAUAUUUGAAGUCGAACAAUUAAUAUCAGAAACGAUAUGGUUAAUCGUUAGAAAAAACGAAACGAGAGAAAGAGUUAGAUAUGCACUAUAUAUUAUUAUAUAUUUAUCAACGAUGCAUGUACGAUAACGAUUAUCUUUGAAUCACAUAGAUUGUUGCUCUGUACAUUAUCAGUAAAAGAGUACUUAUUCUCAUUUUUCGAGGGAAUUUAAUCAUAUGGAGAGUUUAUUAAUAAAACGAGCGGGUAUACAAGCGAUUUCGUAAAAUCCUUUAGAAUAGUAAAUAGAUAUUCAAGAAACGAUAUAAAUGUAGAAUGUAUUGCGGAGAAAUUUAACACAGAAUAGGAUGUAGCGAUAACAUGAAAUUUUUCAUGUUCUUUCACUAUUAUUGCAAUACUGUUUUCACUUAGAAUUCACUAAUAUUUUCAUGCGAAAUAUUAUAUUUUAUAUUAAGUAUUAAAAAAUGUUUAUAAUUCUUUAUUUAGAUGAAACACAAGUUAAACAAUGAAAACAACGAAGGAAAAAUACAAAUAUAAUUUAUAAAUUAUUAAAAUAAUAAAACUUCUACGUUCAAAUUUCUUAAUUACAAGAAACAUGGUUACAAUCAUUUACAAGUAUAAUAAAACACAAUCUGCAAUCAAAUUUCGUUUCUGAAUAUCUUGUCAAUCAUUGAAUAAAAUUAUUUACAUAAUUGACUAA